AUGUCCUUAGAAAGUUUGAAUUUGCUCAAUAGCGAGCGGAAUAGCUACGGUAUACGUUCAGAUGAUUACGCUAAAUACAGAAAACACUGUAGUCGUAGAAUCAACAAACUCAGACGUGGCUUGAAGCUAACCCACGGGAAGUCACACAAAUACCAGAAGGUUACAAAUGAAGCUAUACUUAAGAAUAAAGAUCCACGUGUAUUAGAAAUGCUUUUGUUGCAAUCUGAUAGAUACUGGGCUCAGUCAUCAGAAUAUCCGCCAGCAGCAGCUUCAAAAUUGAAGCGUUCUCUUCAAUUCUCAAACCUUUUAUUAGAAGCUUCCAAGAAAUUCAAUUUGCAUUCCUCUGAGUUCGUUCAGCUCGUCAUUUAUGACAAAUUCAUAGAGGCUUCUUACAAUCUCUCGAGAAAGAAAUACCAGAAUUCACUCGAAGCGUUCUCUAUUGCUUUCAUCUACCUCAAGAACCUCACAGUCGCAGCACCGAAUGAUAAAGUUAGAGCUUUAGCUGAAGGAUGGCUUGAUCAGAUAUCACCCCAAAUUCGUUACUGUGCGUAUCAGCAAGGUGAUAAAACCAAAGCCCAUGAAGUUGAGAGAAUUGCAAAGGAAUCUACUAAGAAUUAUGACUUUAUAAACGUUGAGUACGACCAGGAGGAUACAACAACGAAAAUUUCAGGAGUAGUCUGGCGUGGUGAAGAGCUCAAAUUGACCUCAGUUGAUCUCGUCGAUGCUAUGCAGAAAUUGCAAACAGUCAUUGACAAGAAAUCCAACAAAACAUUGUCAAAUUUCGACGAAGUACUUAAUAGCUACUCAAAUGUAAUAGAUAUAGCACCAGAGGGUAAACUUAAGCAAGUUUUAACUUACAAAAUGUUAGUUUUACGUAUAGAAAGGGAUUUAGAAAUCAACAAAAAGUUAGAUAUCAAUGAUGCUGCUAAUAAUAGGUCAAAGGUGAAGAUAUUAAGUGGAAUUAUAUACACACUUGAACAAAUACGCAAUCUUGAUCUCGUAGAGUCUGAUGAUUUGGAUUUAUCUGCCUACGUUGAGGUCAAAUUAACAAAUUACCAAGCCUUUAGAAAUUAUACACUCGGUGUUGCCCACUUAAUGGCUAACAAUUAUGGUCCAUCCAUACGUUUACUCGAAUCAUCCAAGUUUUAUAUAAGAUCUUGCUCCGAUUUGCUCAAGAAUCUUGAAGAGGAAGCCAUCAACCACCCUGAAAGUUUCAAACCAGUCAUCAAUGAGGAGGUUAUUGACAAUUUCUCCAAGGAUAUUGAAGAAAGUAUCAUAAACUCCAAAAAGGCCCUAUUUGCUCAACAAUUUAAGCGUCCACUCUUCUUUGAUAUUGCCAAUACCUACGUAGAACCACCAAUGGAGUAUAUUCUUAAUAGAUCACAAACCCAGGAUGAGAAGAAGGCACCAAAGCCAGCCAACGUUACUAUUGCAAAACAGGAGGAGAUUGUAUCGCAAGAAUCACCGGAACCAAAAGCUUCAUCUGGUUGGUUUGGAAGUUUAUGGAAACGUUAACUAAAAUAUAUCAUUUUGAAUACAUUACUGCAACCAAGAUAGUGGAUACACGAGCGAGCUAAGAAUACAUGUGUAAAAUUUCAGAAUACACUUCAGCUUGUCGCUGUUGUCUUAUUCUGACGUUGUGCUAGUGCACUUAAAAACUUUGCUUGACAUUCAGCAUUUGAGACACCGCAAGUUGCUUUCGAACGUAAUUCCGAGCAGAGAUUAUCCAAAUCAAAUGCCUCGUCUUUAAUUUGAUGCUGAUCUUUACCAAGAUCCUUCCAGGCUUGUCUGACUACUUCAUCAACAGAUUCCUUGUUCUCUUCUGCAAUUUCCUUGACGACCUUCUUGAUUUCUUGUAUGAGAUAUGGACCAAUCUUCUCAAUAUCCUCAUGUUCAUUUUGUACGAUACCCAUUUGUUCCAUUUUAGCUUUAACUUGUGGACAUUUGGAUCUUUCUGAGGGACUUGCCAAAACUUGUGCCAAUUCGAUUAUAGUUGGUGGAGGACCAAGAGUGGAUUCAGCCGGCUUAGGUGAAGGUAUUGGUUGUUGAUCGACGAUGAAGUCACCUUGGAAGUUGAUAUCAUUUAAUAUAUCAUCCCAGUCACCACCGCUGAAGUUAUUAAAGUCGCUUAUUGGGUUAUUAUCUAAGAUAUUGCUAUCCCUAUAUUCCAAAUUAUUACUAAUCUGUGGCAAAGGCGAAGGGGACUUUUGCAAUGACUUAUUUGGUUUAUCUUGCUGUCCAGCUUGUUGACUUGGUACAGGGAAUUGGAAAGUGAAAGCUGACUGUUUCAAUGUCAUAUUCUCUUGUUGUAAUCUCGAUAAUAAAUCUCUCAAAUUAUUAUUUUCUUCUUCUUGUUGAGCGACCUUAUCCUCCAAGACCUUAACGUGUUUUUCUUUUCUUUCCCUGAAAGCACGUUGUGCGGCUCUAUUUUGUUCUUUGCGCUUCUGUGAGCUAUUCUGCUUACUUGAUUUACUCGAAGGGUUAUCAUUAGAAGAGCCUGAAGAGCGUCUGUCUGUAUUUGGAU